AAUGAAAAAUAAAUUUUUGUAUUGAUACUUCUAAAUUUUUGGCAUUCCACAGGCACCAAAGAAAAAAUUAGGCAAGAAGGAGAAAGCAAAACUUGAUGCUGAACACGCGGAGCAUGUGAGAGAGGAACAAGAAAAGGAACGCCAAAAGACUAUUCAAGAAGAGCAAGAACGCCAAAAACUAGAACAAGAAGAAGCAGAAAAUAGACAACAGCAAGAACUUGUAGAAAAUCGAUUACGACGGGUUCAACUUAAAGAAAGUAUUGAGUACUUUAAAGAAUUCAAAAAGAAAACAACCGAAAUUUAUGAAGAACAGAAAAAGGAGAACGAAUGGAAACGAUAUAUGCGCUGCAAUGGAUUGCCAAACUCUCAAAAUCCUGGAGACUUGCGUCAAUAUAUUCACAUGUGGAUGGAGAAGGAAGAAAGUAUAACGAAUACUGAGAGAAAUUGGUUAUUGAUGACCAAUGAAGAGUCAGUUUUGACACAAAAUCGCGAUGUAAUGGAUCUCACGAGAGCCAAUGUCAAGAAAAGUCAACCAAAUAUUGGUGAUGUGUAUUCUAAUCGUGUUAAGGAAGUUUUAGGGAUUAUGAAUGAACUAAAUGAAGCAAUUGUAGACGCUUCUAACUUAACUCCAGUUGUUUAUCGUGAUCUCUUACGUCUAAGAACUGAAAUGCGAGAGAAACUUACAGACUAUAUUGACAAAUUCUCUUACCAAAUCCUCUGUAAUAUCGAUAGAGAUAUGAAUUUGGAAGGAUCUACUACAAUAGCAACUCAUACGUAUGCCUCCAGUGUAUUCAAAUCGCAGCUUUGGACAUUACGUGAUAUUCCACAGCCGCAACUAAGCGCUAAGGAUCGUGUACGCGAGGGAACCAAGCAUACAGAAGUUGAGUUCUCGCUUCUCGAUACCACAAUUAUUCUUCCGCCGACGAUCAAGUGCUUUCGAGCAGCAUUGCGUGGACUUUGCUUAAACUAUGAUCACUUUUCAGACUCUUGUUAUAGCUUUUCUAUGCCGAAAUCCACAAAAAAGACAACAAAUUUACGCCAGAGCACUAAAAUAGAAUGGUUAAAACGUAAGGAAUUGCUAGAAAAGGCUCUGAUCGAGAAGAAUUUCCAGAAAAACGAUAUGGUUGAAUUCGAUAUCACUCCAGCUGCUACUACUGUAAUUGAUGUGGAUAAGCUCUAUUCUGAUUACGAAACAGAACAAAAUCGACAGGAAAAGCGCCAUAAAGGACCUGAAGGACUUAAGCUUAGUGCGACUGAUGUUAAUCUACGAAGCCAUAGAAUUGUGGGUGGCAUUUAUUGUAUUGAUUAUCUUGAUCAACCUAAGCAGGAUAUAAAGAUUGGAUCUAAAUCAUUUCUCGCUACAUUUUUCUAUCCGAACAAAUUGAAGAGGAAACACUUUUACCAGUCUUAUAAACCUCCACCACCACCUCAACCAGGUGUUCGCCGUCUGCCAGAAGAAAUUGAAGCUGAAAUAAAAUUGAUGGAGGAAAAUUUGGAUAAACUCGCGCUUAUUACAGUUAAGCUGCCGGAGAAUGUCUUAUGGUUUGAACCACCAAUAGUUUGUCGCUGGGAAAGCCCAGAUGAUAUUGAUGUUUCCUUGGAGGACAACAAUGAUGAAUCAGGAAAUAUUUUCCAAAACUUAGAUACAAAUCCUCAUCCAAAGCAACACGGUUCCAAACCCGAUUCUACUGUUAUAGAAAUUCCUGACUUUAACCUUUUGUGCAUUCCAUCCUAUAUUGACUUACAUGCAUUAAUGCUGGAUUUCAUAGUCCCACGGCUACCAGAUGGAUAUGGUGUAAUGAUAGAGAAUAUGUCGGGAGAGAGAAAGAGUAGCUUGAUGAAGUACGUAAUUAAAGAAAGUGAAAUAAAAAGAAAUAUAGAAUUUCACCAAAAAAAUUCUCCAGUAAUUGAAACUGCAAUUCAUUCGACAAAUUCACCUCGAUCACUACAUCCAAAAGUGCGUUUUAAAAAAGUUUUGAGAAUAUUAAGUAGAAAGCGGUCAAAAACUACUAUUGCGUCUGAAUCGUCAUCUUCAACAGAUGAAGAGGAAUCAGAGGUAGUUCAAAAAUUCAGACGUUCGAGUAUAUCGAUGGAACCCAGCGGGGGAAAAUACUUUCUGUCACAGUUUAUCAGAGAUCUCGAUGAACUCACAGAGCUGCAACAUCCUCAGUUUGAUGAAAAAAUUGAGGAAAUAGCAUCGAAAACGUUAUUACCUCAGGAGGAAAUAUCUGAUACGGUGAGAAAGACUUCAAGUGUAAGUCUACUACGAGAGCAUCAUGAUCUACUGUGUGAUAUGCGUUUUUUGGGAGCUUCUAUGAAGUGCCAUGACACAUCAAACGAAAUUGACCACAAGGUGGAAAUCGUCGAAGAAAGUAACUCAGAAAGUGAUUCAGAUGAUAACAUAGAUUUAAAUGCUUCAUAUACACAAGAUAAUUCAUUUUCAAAGUGGAGCACAAGAGAUGUGCACGAUGUAAAAUUUAAUGAAGAUAAACUUACCAUACAAUUUCGUACUGGACGGCUUGGAUGCUUUGGCUUUGCUGCGAAUCGCUAUAGUAAUCUUCCUUAUCAAACAUGGGAACUUAAGCCAGACUUUCGCUUUCCAAAUGCCGUUUCAUUUACCCUUACUGCCGCAGUUGUGAGCAUUGAUAUAACUAUUUUGGACAAUGGCGUACGUCUAAAUUCCAUCCAGGGGUGCUCUUCGGCACCUCUAGCACAUAUUUUAGGUAUAAUUUUACCGUUAGAUGAACUCAAAACCGUUAUGAAGAGUACAGCUGUUGACCUCUUUCCUGAAUCUGAUGCUUUUUGCUAUACUGAAGGAUCUUGUGAAAAAAACAGCGUUAUGGAAGAACAUUUAUACGAUUGUAUGGGUUCACUUGCUCUUACUCAUAAUUUUUCUUGGUCCCGUUGGAAUCUUCUUUCUGGUAGUCGAUCAGCAGUACUUCUUAUGCGUGAAGUAAUGGAAUACAGAAAACCGCCAAGUCAGUCAACACUCCUUGUAACACCACUUAAAACCAUUGUAGUGGACUGUACCGAAGUUUCGGCAUCUUUCAGUACAGUUGGUGUGCCAGGAAUGCAAUUUUAUGCAGAUUUACAUCAUCUUGCCAGAGAGCAUUCUCAACCAGUUUCAAGAGAAAAACAGAGAAAUAUGAAUCUAAUUUUGCGUGACAAUGUUGUUCAAGUUCUCAAAUCGACUAGGCCUUUGAGUUUCUGUUAA